AUGAUUUCGAUUGAAAGUAUUUAAAUUGGAAGUAACUCUGAUUAAUCAACAUUCAUACAGAGAGACUAAAAAAUUAUGAUGAUUCUAAACUAAUUAACAUUCGAAAAUAUUGCAUUUCCUAAAAUUCUGAGUUUUUUGAAUUUCUCAGAUACAAGAAAGACUAUUUAUAUAAAAAAGAAUGAAUCAUUACUUAAGAAUCUAUUAAAGAUUCAAGAAACUCAAUAAUUAAAAUAAGAAGUCUAAGAAAUGACAGAAUAGGAAAUUAUCAUAAAAUAAUUAGAACUUCUUUAAUUGAAUGAUAUUAUUAUAAAUGAUGAUAUCUUUAAAUCUAACUCCUUCUUAAAUUUUUACUAUAAAAUGUAUGAUGCUAGCAAAUCUAAUAAUUUCAAUCAUAAAACAAUAUUAGAUUAAAUUUAGAAUUUAAUUUAAAAUACACCAAAAAUAAAUUAUAUUACAGAAGAUUAUAGAUACUACAUUUACUUUAAAGCCUAAAUCAUAGUGAUAGGAAUGGCAAUUAAAAACAAAAUUCCAUUAAUAUCUCUAUUACUUUGUACACGUUUGUACUUGAAUUAAAAAUAAUAAUUAUUUUGUCUAGAAUUUUCUAUCUUCAAAGAGAUAUUUAAAGAACUUUACUCAAAAAGGCAACUUUCAAAUUUGAAUUAUCUUUUAAAUGUAGAUUAAUUAAUUAAUUUUAAUACACUUAAAUUAACUUAAAUGUAAAGCUACAGGGAUAAAAUAUUUGAAGAAUAUGAAGAUAUGUUAAAGGAGAAUAAUUUUUCAUUGUUUUCAUAGAAUUUGAAUCUAAUCUAUUAAUAGAAAAAUUAUCUAAUAAAUGAAUUAAAAGAUGUGAUUGAAUCAUAAAAAUUUAAGUAAUUAUAUUCUGAUUUAAAAAAAUUCCACCUGCAUAUUGAUUAUGCUGAUGAAUUUUAUUAGAUUUUAAAUAAAAUUAUUUAAUUUUGUAAUAGUGUUGAAUAUUCUCUAAUGAAGUUUGAUUCAAUAGAAAUUCCAUAGUUUAUAAAAAAAUACUUUUUCAAAAAUCAUGAAAGAAAAGAAUUAAAUGCUUAAUAAUUAGUAGAAUCUUUAUUGACUAUAAAUAAAGUAUUUAGUGAAAUGAUAAAAUUUUAAUUUCCAUUUCCUCCAAUAAUAUCUUACUUAAAUUUAAAAGAUCCAAAUAAUUUAAAUAUUUUAAAUAUUACUAAAGAGUUUGUUAUAGAAUGUUAAGAAAAUUAGAUUUUUCUUUUAUUUUUAUCAUAAGUUCAUUAUAAUUUUUAAUAAAUUAGUAAAUCGAAAAUGUAUUCAAGAACUUUCUAUAAUCAACAAUUAUAGAAAUAAGAUUUUGAUUAAUGGGAAAUAGUAAUUUAAAUGUUAAAAAUAAUAGAAUAAUAUCAAUCUUUAAUAAUAAAUGAUGUAGAAAAGAGAAUAAAUGAAGAAGACACAAGAUCUAAUAUUUAAUUUUAUUUAUCAUAUCCUAAAGAUUAGAUUAUGAAUUAUUAAGCAUAAUAUGAAAAGAUUUCAAAGUUGUUAAGAAAUCUUUUAUCAUUUUAAAAUAAGGAAUUAAUAAAUAUAAAAUACGAUGAUGAAAAUCUUAAGAAUUCACUUUAGGAGAAAGUGAAGAAAAUAAAGUCAUAAGUAUUAGAUGAAUUUUAUCUAAAGAGAAAACUUGGAAGACCUCCAGGAACGAAGAAUAUUUUGAGGAAAAAGAAUAUUAGGUAAUCUAAGGGAUUAGAUUGCGGAGAGUUAAAAAUUAAAGAGUAUUUAAGUAAUUUUCAAACAUUAGAAUAAAAUAAUGAUGAGGAGGUUAUAAUAGUAAAAAAGAGAAAAAUAUAUUAAUCAGAAAAAAUGUUAAUGUAAGAUAUUGAAAAUUUUUUGGUAUGA